AAACCAGUCAGACUUAGACCGCAUUGGACGUGUAUUGAGAGGUGUGAAACUAAACGCAUACUUUCAACUCACAAAAAUGUGUCUGUGGCUGUUGACAGCUUGUUUUGGGCUAUUGCCUGCAAACCCGUCCCCGAUUGUGAUAGUUCCUGGUGUGCCCGCGCCUAUAAUAGUGCCUACAACUGCAGCCACGACAGCAGCCACAACGACUCAGGCGCCAACAGCACCUCCGACGAUGCCUGUAAAUAUAACCACUUCAGUACCGCCGACUAUGCCGUCAACUAUGCCGUCGACAAUGCCGUCAACUAUGCCGUCGACAAUGCCGUCAUCUAUGCCGUCGACAAUGCCGUCAACUAUGCCGACGACAAUGCCGCCAACCAUGCCUCCUACUAUGCCACCUACAAUGCCUUCGGUUACUACAGCUCCACCGACGACUACUACUACUACUGCAGCUCCUACUCCGCCUCCGACAACAGCAGCUCCCACAACUUCAGGGCCUCUACCGAUCGAUCCCAGGCUUGGAACUACUCCGGGCCCUCUGGCAGCUCUGCAAAUACAGCCAAUGGGUUAUAGUUCUCAAGUACCAUCUUACGAUGCCGCUGUAAAGUUUCCAAGACAAAAAAGAAGUAUGAGACCGCUUAAUGUGAAAAACUUUUUGAGCAACUUGUCGAAGCCUGAUGAACAUCACGUAAUUCACAAAAGGCAAAGUAACAACUGCAGAUGUGUAACCGCUGGAACAUGUAUUCGAUUUCCCAUGAUCGAUGUCAGAAUUGUUACUCCGGCAGUAAGUCAAUGUCUAACAGGACAAGAAUAUUGUUGUGGUAAUACAACUAUGAACAUGACGCAGAUAGGAUGUGGAACCCUACAAUCGGUACCAACUACAGGAGUUACACCUAUGGCUGGUCAAGCUAAUUUCGGUGAAUUUCCUUGGCAGGCCCUUAUUUUAACGAAACAAAACGAGUACAUCGGCGGAGGAGUUCUUAUUGAUAAUAUGAACGUUCUAACCGUUACUCAUAGGAUCAUGUCUUAUGUGGUAUCAGGAACAGCUCCGAAUGUGAAGGUUCGUCUCGGUGAGUGGGACGCCGCUGGCACGUAUGAACCGGUCGCCCACCAAGAAUACACAAUACAAAGAGUGUCAAGUCACCCAUCCUACAACGCUAACACGCUUCAGUUUGACGUCACAGUGCUUCGAUUGGCAAGCCCGGUUCCGUUUACACCGACAACAGGAGCUGCAACUACUAUCAACAGAGCGUGUCUUCCUUCAGCGGCUAGUGCCACCUUUACAGGUCAAAGAUGCAUGGUCUCCGGCUGGGGCAAGGAUGCAUUCGGUGCUCAAGGACAAUUUCAAAAUAUUCUGAAAAAGGUCGAUGUCCCAAUUGUUGCUCCAGACGUUUGUCAAACGCAACUGAGAACUGCUCGGCUCGGGCCCACUUAUGUUCUGGAUACUACGUCAUUCGUAUGUGCCGGCGGAGAGCCCAAUAAGGAUGCUUGCACGGGCGAUGGAGGUUCCGGUCUUGUGUGUCAAACAAAUGGCCGUUGGAUGGUGGUCGGGCUGGUCGCAUGGGGUCUAGGUUGUGCCAACGCCAAUGUGUCCGCUGUGUACGUCAAUGUCGCGGGUUUCUUACCUUGGAUACAACAACAAGUUGCCGCUGCUUAAGCAUCAACGCUUUUAUUUAACCAAACUUAAAAUUGCAACAAGCAAUUUCUCAACGAACAGUAUUGUACCGCAAAUAAAACACAAAAUAAAUAAAAUAACAUUAACAAUUCAAA